GAAGGAAGCGCCGCCCGCCCCUGCACCAAGCGCGGCGGGCAGCGGCCGCUCGGAGCUCGGGAACGGGGCGCAACGGAGCGGCUGCGACCGGCCCGGGGAAGCCGCCGGGACGCCGCUGCCUGUCCCCCCCUCCGUCCCCGCCUCGGUCACCCCGGCGGCGGCAGCAGGAUGGAAAAGAGACCGGUCUGAAAAACGCCUCCUUCGUGGACUUUGCUGUUGCCUGCUAGAAUGUUCCUUAUGAAUGCUUCUCCCUUGGUAGCUCUUCAAACACAAUGGGAGUCCUUUGGGCCAGCAAGGAAUUGUAGAUACCCUGUUUGCUUCUCUGAAUCCGAAGGGAACGUCACUAGAACCUCUGUAAGCGCAAAAGUUCAGAUGAUCAUAAACGGCCUGCAAAGUCAAGAGUCUCCCCUGGGUAUGAACAAUGAGUAUGAUUGUAUUAUGCAGAAGAAACAAAAGGGAGAAAAGGGCACCGGUAAUAGGGUCGCAUCCAGCACCACGUUGCUGCGGAAGCAUCCUAAAUAUACCGAGCGUGGUUGUCCUGCUGGUUCAGACGACACUGAAGUGGAAGUGAACGUGGGAUUUGAGACUCUCUUGCUUGAUUCUGAUAGUGACGACUCUGUUGACCGAGGUAUAGAAGAAGCCAUUCAAGAGUACUUGAAAGCAAAAAGCAAAAGUGACCAGUCGUUACAGAGGAAUGCAGAGUGCUCUGAAAAUAUAAGCAGAGACAAAAGGUUUAAGAGACAGUUCUCCCAGAACAAAAUGUCUAGUGACCUGCUACCUGUGAAAUUUAAAGCAGAGAUGCUCUCUGAAGAGUACCUUUCUGACCAGCUGGGACUUGGUAAAAGGCUACAGCCUGCUUCCCCUCAAAGCAUCAGCAGUGAUGAUUCCUUUGAACAAAGCAUACAAGCUGAAAUAGUGCAGUUCUUGAAUGAGAAAAAGCAGCAAGAAAUUAGCAAGUGUGUAAUCGGGGAGGAUAAAAAAGAUUCCCAGGUGAGGUCUGUCCUAAAAAGCAACAAACAACCGACAAACAAAACAAAUUGUGGUGCUAUGAAGCAAGAUUGUAACGCGCUCCUCUUGAGACACCAUCCCAAGCUACGGAAAACCAGCACGCAGUCCAAGUGUCUGAAGGCUAAAAUCCAGGAAGAGCCCGGUGAUUUCAACCAAGUGAACCGAGCGUAUCUAGAAAUGGCCACUGCCAGCCAGCCCUGGUUAAUGCAGCAAAAUAAAGAAAGUGGAGCUCAUUACUGGGAAACUAGGGGAGCGCUUCUGAACGAGAGCAUGCACGCCUCUGACUCGAGUAGCGAUGAUGGUAUUGAAGAAGCCAUUCAGCUUUACCAGCUAGAGAAGAUCAGGAAGGAGGCAGGUCACCCAACAGGCUCUGUCCUUUUGCAAAGGGAGCAAUUUGACGCAAAGGGGAUAGCCGACAUUUCUGCAAGCCUGACAAUUAGCUCAGCAAAAAGUGCCUCACCAGAACUCCAUAAGAACCCUAUCGGCAACAAAAGAAAAGAGAUUAAUUCGAAGUCAACAGAAUUAGAAAGCACCAGCAAUGAAUUUAACAAGCUGUUUAAACCACUGAAAAAAGCCAGACACUUUGUACCUCCGGAAAACAAGAUUGCUGCUUGUGAGCUCACACUGCAGGCCUCUUGCAGGGCAGACACAUCUGCAGAACUCAUGUGUGCAGAAGCUAUCCUUGAUAUUUCCAAAACAAUCAUGCCAACCCAAAUGGGAAGUGACAACAGAUCCCUCACUACAGACUCCUUCUUUUCUCCCCAGAUUCUCUCGUCCUCCCAUUGUGAAAGUGACAACAGCCUCGUGGACAGUGAUGAUAGCAUAGAGCAAGAAAUCAGGGCUUUUUUGGCUCUGAAAGCUCAGUCGGAAAGCCUCGUAACAAAGCCUUCCAGCCUGUCACACUCGAUCCAGAUGCCUUUGCCGUCUGAUCAAAACAGCCUCACUGGUACUCUUGAGCCUUCUCUUCCCAAAACACUGAAGCUAUCACUGAGUCGUAAAAGGAGACUUAAAAGGGAAGGCAGAAUAGUGAAACAAGAUGCAUCAAAAGCACCUGAACAGCUGGGGACGGGAUUUUUCCAGCCGGAUACCUAUUCAAAAUCUCCUCUGCUCCACGAGGGGUGUGCCCCGAGCAGCCCUGAAGAACUCUGUGAUGCCCGGAGGCUCGACAGCAAUGAGACUACCCAGCAGCAGCUGAUCUCUUCUGAGCUGUGCGCAUCUGCUGACAAAUACGUGGCCUUGGAUUCUGUAAAUCCUUUUUUGCAGGUUCAGAGCGGUGCGAGAAAGCUUAUGAAAAAUACCACCCAAACUCAAGAGAGAGACGGUUCAGCUGAUGAGAGCAGUUCUCUGGAUAGUGAUGAGGACCUUGAUAGUGCCAUCAAGGACCUUUUACGGUCUAAAAGAAAAUUAAAGAAGAAGUCUAAGGAGCAGAAAUCUCAAUGCAAGAAGAGAGUUAGGUUUACCGAGACAGACGCUCAGCUGCUGGAUGAAUUUAGUAGCCUCCAACAAAAUGAGUGGAAAUGUAAAAAUCCUGUGCUACUGAAAAGUUGCCUGUCAAAAUCUAGAAAAGCUGUGAAAGAGAAUGCAAUCAGAAAUCCUCCAGACAACAUAAAUGUCAAACUUUCAAAUGAAAGGCCAGAAACCGUUAAGAACUUAGAGUUUGAUUUACAGCUUAAAAAAGGAUAUAAACCCGAACCAAUUUCAAACCAGAAUAACCUGCGGGUAGCUAAGAAUAAAAAAUGUACUUUCACAGCUGCAUCAGACGCUGAUGAUAGCAGUUCAGUGGAUAGCGACGACAGCAUUGAACAAGAAAUCAGGAAGUUUUUGGCAGAAAAAGCUAAAGACUCUGCAAGCAAUUCAGAGAUGCAGAAAGAUGAUGCAACUCUAGACCUAUUGAGGGUGACCAAACAAACUGCUAAUAAAGGAAAAGCAAAGCAACAGCCAGUUGAAAAUGAGGUUGGCCUCUUGCUGGGUCAGAGUAAAAAGACUAAGGUGUCCCAGCAAGCCAACGAGUUGAAGAACUCUCAGAGAACGGAAGGGAAAAGUGCAAUGUUACUUGACAGUGAGAAAGCUGCUCCCUCGGCGGAGAACGUUUAUCUUCAUACUACUGGUCAGUCAAAAGCUAAACAAGGAAUGGGGGGGGUUAAAGGUGGUGCUGCUGGUGAGUUACCUGGAAACGCAACAGGUAAAAAGGACAUCCCUAACAAAGAACCUGUGCAGAAAACACUUCCAGCUAAAAACAGCAAAAACGAAGGUUGUAAAGUACGAAAAGUGGCUAAUGCGAAAUCUCGAUCUAAAAGAAAGAACACCUUUCACUUAAAAAUUUCGAGUAAAUUUAUCGCGGGUCUCAAGUACGCUCGGGAAAGGAAGAAAUCCAUGCUUUUGAUGAAAAAGCAAAAAGCAGAGCAGGCGCUCAGCCAGAGCAGUGCAUUAGGAAUGGAGGUAGAUUCCCAGGAUACGGACGUACUUAAGCAGGGAAGAGAAGCCUCCCAGCCAAAAGGUGAAUUUAGCGGGGAGAAUAAGGCAGCAAUAAAAGAAUCCAGUUCUUCUCAGAAGCUCGCUGUGGCAGCGUCAGGUCCCCAUGUAGCAGAAAGCUGUGAAAGACUGGAGGCUGCUCCUUUGUAUAUCACAGAGGAAGCUGAGGGUUGCCAAAAGGCUGCUACUGCAGGAGACCACUCAGAUUCACAUUCGAGUCUCCCCUCGCAGGAACGGAGCGUGGCAGCAGUAACAGCAGAUAAGGCUUGCAGAGGAACAUCCAAAGCUGAGAACAGAGAGAUAUGUAUGAAGGAAGGAGAUAUCCACAAAGACAGCUGGGCAGGUUUGAAUUUAGGUCCCCCUCUCCCACAACACGCUAUGGCAGCAGUAAAAGCUGAUAAAGUUAGUGGAGAGACGUGUCAGGAGAGUAUACGUGUGUGCAGUAAUGGAGAGAAUAACCAGCAGGACAGCGUGUCAGACCCAAGUUCAGGUUGCCCGCUGCAGGAGCUAACUGUAACAACAGUAACAGCGGAUAAAACUAGUGGAGGAGCAUGCGUGGAUAACAGUGUGCACGCGUGCGUUAAGAAGGAAGAAGUUCUCCACCAGGACAGUGACAGGCAGGAAGAAAUUCAGGUAUCCAGAUCCAGAUUGGAAGGAAAGCUGCCCGCCCUGCAGAAUAGGGAAGCUGAUUGUGAACUGGACCAAGGGCAGGAAGUUCUAGACAAAAACUGUGCAAAAUUUACUGACGUACCCGCAGGGGACUGCCCAGAUUCCCUCUUGAAAAUAAAGGUUUCAGAUAUGAGAAGAAAGGGAAGUUAUGAGAAACCCGAGGCAUUGUCUAGAGUCUAACAGAGGAAUAGCAGUGAGUGCUAAAGGGUUGCUUAUUUAUUUUCAUGUGUUAAAUGUUAAAAAAGUUAACUUUUCAGGUCCAUUUCUAUGUUCAAUAUGUUUACUUGUUCAAAUCUGUUGGUGUUUUUUCAGCUAUUGUCUUUGAGAUACCCAAAUUAAUUGCAGUGUAUGACUGGGAUUGUUUGGUAGCCUUGAUUGAAAUCUUGCUGGUGGAUUCUUUGAAUCUUUGAAUGUUGAA